GAGACAGCGCGCACGCGGAGAGUUCCUGUCUUUAUAAGCGCCCGACCAUCUGCUAAAAGGCUCGUGUUGGUUCCUGUAGCUGAACUGGAACCUUUUUAACCCAAACACACAAACAGUGCGGCGUUACAUGUGGAAAUGUUCCGACUGCAGAGCUGAUACCGGGUUGGUUUAGACAAACAGGAAUCCGGAAAGGAGAUCCCUUUGAAGUGCAACCGGAUCCGAGGCUGGUGAUUUAUUAAUUAUUCACAUUGGGCUGUCAGGUCUCUGUGGCAGAGGAGUGUUUGGUGUUUCUUUGGCUAUGGAGGAGGACAGCACUGUUCCGGAUUUCAGGGACAUCGAGGUGAAACUGGGCCGGAAAGUACCGGAGAGCUUGGCCCGGUCCAUUACGCACAGAGCAAAACCAGUGGAGUCCAGUAGAGUUCAGGGUCAAUGCCCCAGCUCUGAGCUUCAACAGCUGGAGAGCAAGAUGCUGUUCCUCAAACAGGAAAUGGCCCAUCUCCGUGCCAUCGAUGUUAAACUGAUGCAGCAGCUCCUUUCCAUCAACGAAGGCAUCGAGUCUAUCCGCUGGGUGAUUGAGGAGCGAGGGAGCAUGGCCAGCCAGGGGAGCAGUAUAAACAGCAGCCUGUAUAGCCUCUCGGACAGCCAGGACACGUCUCUUCAUGGGAGCUUCAGCAGCCUCCAAGACAGGACGGACGAACUGGACGGAAUUUCAGUCGGCAGUUACCUCGACACGCUAGGAGAGGACGUGGAAUAUUCAUCCCCCAAUGACCAAUCCGAUAACUUCAAUGACCAAUCCUUCAUCGAGGAUGAGACUUUCAGUAAAUCUCCACUUCGACCCAGAGUGGACACGGACGAAUACUACUGUUUUGGAUAACGCUAACCUACACUGCAAAGGAUUAUGGGGCAUCUUGGGCUGCCGGUCCUGAUUCAGUUGGUCAUUUUAAUGAAAAGUUUUCAGUUCAGAAGUAACGCCUGGGGUUGUGUGGGGGGGUUGGUGUCAGCAGUCCAAGCUUAACGUUAGCUGUUAGCAUGUGCUGCUACUGCUGAUAAAGAAAUGUCACUGUGAUUCUGUUCAUGGGUCAUCACAUUUUAAUUGGCUGACCUAAAGUUUCUCCGUGAACUAAAGAUCCAGAUCACUGCUCUACAGCAGCAUUUGCUACAUGGCUCUUUCUUCUAAAGCACAACAUUUCCAGGGAGUAAAGUUGUAUGUCAUGCAAAAAGUUCUUAAUUUCUCAAUAAUUGGUCCAAUUGCAUCAGCAUUUAGGUCCAGGGAUUAAUCCUGCUAGCUUUCCUUCAGCAAGUGUUAUUGACAUGAGCAUAGACAUUACGUUACUUUAGUUUAAAAUGGACCCAAAAUGGGCAUUUCUGACCCUGAAAUCAGAAUUUCACUGACCAUAAAGUGCAACUAAAUAGUUAUGCAUUAACAAAUGCUUGAAUAUUGAAACUCAUUCAUAUUCACAUCACACCUUCUGUAACGCGAGUUCCUGCACAGAAUGGUGAAGUUCUCAAGUUACACAGAUGUGAAUGAUGAAUAAAAUCUUCACACACGCCUUUGGGAUUAGCAUGUACAGUAGCAUGAAAGUGCAGCUAAUGUCUCUUAUAUGGUGUAUGUCCAUGUUGUUGCAGUUUUUUGGUCAGCGAGGCUUUGAAAAAAAUGUGGAUUCUGAAGUGCAAUUUCUGCUAAAUUAUCCAGUGGGGGGGGGAACUAUUCCUCAUAGGUUUAAAGUUCAAGACUGAAUUAUUGUCCCUACCUGUGUCUGUAAAAUACCUAGUCUGUAUUUUAAUGACUUAUUGAACUGUCAGCGCUUUUUUUUUUUUUUUUUUCUCCCCUCUUUUAAAUAUAAGGACCUUUUGAAACCUUCCUUGUCCAGGGUUGUUUUGUUGUUGUUGUUUGUACUGUAUACUCUAUGAGAAGCCCACUAAAGACAUAACAGAGUCAUGUGGUUAAUUUUAUACCUGGACUUGUGUGUCUGAGUGUGUUGUGUGAGAUUUUAUACAUUUCUGUUGUACUGUAAAAUAUCCAAAUCAGUUGCUCCUAAUUUAUUACUGUACCAUUUUAAAAUUGUAUUUUGUGGUGAAGAUGGUAUAAUAUAUUGUUUUUUCAUGAA